AUGUUCCUCUUUGCCGUGACUGUAGGCAGUCUAAUACUUGGAUAUACACGAUCUAAGAAUGUGGACAAACGCAGUGACCCCUACCAUGUCUACAUUAAAAACAGUCCAGUUUCAGUUAUUUGA